AGCUCCUCUGGGCGGACUCUUCCACUCUAACCACCGCCUCUUUCUCCAACUGCACUGGGACAGAUUUAUGCUUCAGCUUUUUCUUUUUUCUUUUUUUUUUUUUUUUUUUUUUUUAAAUUUAUGAGCACCAGUCCACCCUCCGGGCCUCCGCUAGGACGGUGCGACCGCGCAAAAGGAGCGUGAAGACGAGAUGGGAAGACCCCUGUGCCCGAGAUGACCCGCGGUUUGGGCAAAAUAGUCUUUUUGUCGCCAGAGAGGGAAACUUGAAACAAGUCUUGUUGUUGGAGUCCACCGCCACCACCACUACCACCGCCGCCGCCGCCACCACCACCCCUCCUCUCUCCCCGUAGGAUUUGAUUCAAAGGCGAAAACCAAGAUGGCCGCCGAUUCCGUGCAGGGGGACGCCAGGGGCCAGUUGGUGGCGGAGCGCCUCGGCCUGGGACACAACCUGGACCUGUCCGACACCAUGGUCCAACAGAAGCUGGAUGAGAUCAAGGAGCAGAUCCGCCGCGAGAUCCGUAAAGAGCUAAAGAUCAAAGAAGGAGCAGAGAACCUGCGAAAGGUCACCACAGACAAGAAGAGCCUGGCUUAUGUUGACAACAUGCUGAAAAAAUCUAACAAGAAGGUUGAGGAGCUUCACCAGGAGCUACAAGAGCUCAACGCCCACAUUGUGGUCAAAGACCCUGAGGAGCUGCUAGAAUGCCCUCUGACCCCCGAUACUCCUAACAGCGAAGCGAGAAUGUGCACCAGCAGCAGCCGCCUGGCAGCCCUGAAACGGCAGAACGACAUCGAGCUCAAGGUCAAACAAGGAGCAGAGAACAUGAUUCAGAUGUACUCCAACGGGCCCUCCAAGGAUCGUAAGUUAUUAGCGACGGCCCAGCAGAUGCUUCAAGACAGCAAGACGAAGAUCGAGUUCAUCAGGAUGCAGAUCCUCAAGGCCAGCCAGGCCACCGAGCUGAGCUUCGAGAGCAACGAUAUGAUGGACAAGUCCAUCAUCAGCCCGUUAGACCUACGGGUGGAGGAGCUGUGUCACCACGCCAAGAUAGAGUCCGCGGUGGCCGAGGGAGCCAAGAACGUCAUGAAGCUCUUAGGCUCGGGAAAAGUCACAGAAAAGAGAGCACAUUCAGAGGCCCAGGCCCGUUUUAAUGAGUCCAGUCAAAAGCUCGACCUCUUGCGAUAUUCUUUGGAGCAGCGCCUCAGCGAGUUGCCUAAAAACCAUCCUCGCAGCAGCAUUAUCGCAGAAGAGUUGUCCCUGCUGUCCUCACCGGUCCUCAGUCCCAGAUCCAGCAUCAUCUCCACACAGAACCAGUACAGCACCGUGACCAAGCCUGCAGCACUCACAGGCACGUUAGAUGUCAGGCUCAUGGGCUGUCAGGAUCUUCUGGAAAACGUCCCAGGUCGUUCCAAAGCCGCCUCUGUCCCUCUGCCUGGUUGGAGCCCCAGCGAGACACGCUCGUCCUUCAUCAGUCGAGCAAAUCGAAACCGCAGCGUGAGCUCAAGGAACCUGACGAAAAGCGAGGAGGUCUCCAAUGAGAUCAGUGCAGUGUUGAAGUUGGACAACACAGUAGUUGGACAGACGAGCUGGAGGCCGGUCAGCAACCAGGCGUGGGACCAGAAGUUUACAUUGGAACUGGACCGGUCUCGCGAGCUGGAGAUCUCCGUGUACUGGCGGGACUGGCGUUCGCUCUGUGCCGUCAAGUUCCUGCGGCUGGAGGACUUCCUGGACAACCAGCGUCAUGGAAUGUGUCUGUACCUGGAGCCACAGGGGAUGUUGUUUGCUGAGGUAACAUUUUUCAACCCUGUCAUUGAGAGACGACCAAAGUUGCAAAGACAAAAGAAGAUUUUCUCAAAACAACAAGGUAAGACUUUCCUGCGAGCCCCUCAGAUGAACAUUAACAUCGCUACCUGGGGCCGUCUGGUAAGAAGAGCCAUACCGACCGUCAGCACCAACUCCUUCAGCCCGCAGGCAGCGGAGACUGGGCCCAGCAGCCUACCGGGUUCCCCCACACCCAACAGUGACCCUCUAGUGACCAAGUUGGACUUUGACAAAGAGCCGACACCAGGACCCAAACACUACCCAGCACCUGAUGACAUCAGAGAACCACUGGUGCAGCAUAAGAUCCCAGACAAGGAGGAAGUACAGGAUGCGCUCGCCUCAUUCGACUUCCUCAACAAGAGAAACAGCAAGGUGCUGAUUCCCGACAUGGAUGGAGUGGUGGAGCAGGAGAUCCAGCAUCCAGACCUGGAGCUCACCGCCAUCCAGAAAGACACAGACAUAAGGGUAGAAGAACAGUUUCACUUCAGCCUCCAAGACUUCAAAUGUGUGGCGGUGCUCGGACGUGGUCACUUCGGAAAAGUGCUGUUAGCAAAAUAUAAAAGCACAGGAGAGAUGUUUGCCAUCAAAGCUCUGAAGAAAGGAGACAUUGUGGCUCGGGAUGAAGUUGACAGUCUGAUGUGCGAGAAGAGGAUUUUUGAAACUGUCAACAGCGUCCGCCACCCGUUCCUGGUCAACCUGUUUGCGUGUUUCCAGACGCAGGAGCACGUUUGUUUUGUGAUGGAGUACGCGGCGGGAGGCGACCUGAUGAUGCACAUCCACGCGGAUGUUUUCUCUGAGCCCAGGGCCGUAUUUUAUGCAGCUUGCGUUGUGUUGGGAUUACAGUUUUUACAUGAACAUAAGAUUGUGUACAGAGAUUUGAAGCUGGAUAACCUGCUCCUGGAUACAGAGGGAUACGUAAAGAUUGCUGACUUUGGGCUUUGCAAAGAAGGAAUGGGUUUCAGGGACCGCACCAGCACGUUUUGUGGCACGCCGGAGUUUUUAGCUCCCGAGGUUUUAACCGAGACGUCGUACACUCGCGCUGUGGACUGGUGGGGGCUGGGUGUCCUCAUCUUUGAGAUGCUGGUUGGAGAGUCGCCCUUCCCAGGUGACGAUGAGGAGGAGGUGUUUGACAGCAUUGUCAACGAUGAAGUCCGCUACCCACGGUUCCUCUCCACAGAGGCCAUCUCCAUCAUGAGGAGGCUUUUAAGGAGAAGCCCAGAAAGACGUCUGGGAGCAGGAGAAAAGGACGCAGAGGAGGUUAAGAAACAUCUAUUCUUCAGGAACAUGGAUUGGAGCGGACUGCUGGCCAAGAAGGUGAAGCCGCCGUUCGUCCCGACGAUCCAGGGCGCCAACGACGUCAGCAACUUCGACGACGAAUUUACCUCAGAGGCUCCGAUCUUAACCCCACCCAGAGAACCUCGAGUGCUGAGCUCCGGGGAGCAGAACAUGUUCUCUGACUUCGAUUACAUCGCUGACUGGUGUUAGCUUCACCCGAACCCCCCUCCAAACACACACCCACACAACACACACUGUGAACCAAGAGACGGAGCGAAGACUGUAGCUCAGAUCGUUUUUUUUUUUUUUAAACUGCCCAAAAUGUUGAGGAGGAGCAGAACGAGCGCGGCUCCCCGAGCCUUCGGGCAAAACUCUGUGCCAUUGAGAAGAAAGUCCAGACGCCUCCUGAGGAACCCCACUUUCCUUUUUAAUCCACAUGAAGAAUUUUUUUUUUUUUUUUUUAAAGAAAAAAAUAAAACUGAAAUUGUGUUGGAGAGUGAAGGAGGGUCGUGCUCCUGUAAAGACUCUCAUCAUCGUCGUCAUCGUGUCCGUUGUCUGACCACUGAGAAUGUUUUUCAUAUGAACUCUGAGAAGACGGCAACGUCACAAUCAUGUUAUUCAGUGUCGCUGUCUUCAGUUUUUUUUUUUUUUUUUGAUCUGUACAGAUUAUAUUCAGUCGUAUAUUUUAUUGUGUUUCGGUUUCUUUCAAGCCCUCGCCACAGCUCACGUUUCUCUCACUGUUGAGUCCUGCAACCAUCACAUCUGAAACUGAUGUUAGUCACUGAAUGGUCAGCUAUAGCAAAUACUCUUGACUACUACUGCUGCUUCUAGACUUGAAAACCCAGUGAGUCUUCACACUACCCUUCCUUUCGGGUCCUCGUCUGCGUCCCACCUCAACACGUGUUCCUGUUUCUUUGUUCACCUGAAGUUUCAGUGUCUGUGUGUGAGACCUCAGAUUUUAACACUAAACGGCAGAACAUCAAAUACUACACGCCACCGAAGCAGCUGAACGAAUUAGCAGGUAUUUGGAAAGGAGUUAAGUGUGGGGGGAGAAAAAAAAAGCCUUUUGGCCAAAAAAAUAUUACAAAACAUGGACUGUGUUGUGUGUGCCGCCCUCUAGUGGCAGGUUGGUUUAGUGUCGAUGUUCAGCUGAACUUACUUUUUCUGUUGGCUCUGUUCAGGUGGAUUAUUUUUUCCAUUCCUUUCUGAACUGGUUGUGUUGAACCUGACUUUUUUUUUGUUGUUGUUACCUCAGUGAAAGUAGAAACACUAAAGUGACUCGCACAGUUACAGCUACCAAAACCAAAUUUGUCCUGUCCUUCUUGAAGCAGCAGAGGAUCUUUAAAGGUUUAAAAAAAAAAAAUGGACUGAAAGCAAAUCCAGCGACAAAUUAAGCAAACAUGGGUUGUGCAUAAAAGUGUUUUUUUUUUUUUAUUAUUAUUAUUUCGAUGUGGAGGGACACACUAUUUUAGGUCUUUGUCAAAUUGAAUUGCUUCCCACAUUGUUGUGACUCCCCGUUUGUAGCUGGUGCAUUGAUCAGUUUGCAUGUCCCACAUGAACUAACUCAGAUGUCGCAGACCUGUCGAGAUGAAUCACUACAGGGGAGGGCAGGGUAUAUUAUAUAUACAUACUGUAUGUACACAAUUAAGCUGAAAGCACUAAUUUUAUCAAUAGUUUUUAAUUAUGUACGUUUCUUAAUGAUGAAAAUAGAUUGUACAAAGUUUUUUUUUUUUUAUUCCUUGCUUGUGCAUGUUGUUGCCAGAACAUAUGGCACUUUAUGGAUGGUACACCAAUUACUCAACCCUCACAGCUGUUCAUCCCGGUGUAAAAAAUAACAAAACAAAGGCAUUUUUGCAGUCAUUGUUUGUUGAAUGCACAAAUUAAACAUUUGUAAUAGUG